GAGUCAGACCGAUCAGCUAAGCGCGUGGAUCAUGGCUACAAUACCAUACCUGCUGCCAGCGAUCAUGCUAUCAUGCAAGAUGAAGCCCAACCGAACCAAGGAUUGGGGGGUGAGAUGACCGUCUACGCCAAUCGAGUUAGGGUCUAUCAUCAACUUUUGGAGAUUGAUAUCGACGAAAUCCUAUGUAACGCGUUGAACGUACUCUAUGCAAGCGAUAUCACAAUUUUGGCCACAACCAUCCAUGACUCUCCGCAACACAUCCGUUUGUGGGCUUUACAGCAACUGGAUGAGAAAUUCAGAAGAACUAUCAUCGAACUCAUGUCGGACAUUGAAAGGCAAAAGGAAAAGAACGACCCUAAGUCUGCUCUCCCUACCAUCAUGACAGACUCGUUGGCCCGUGAACGCGUUGUCGGGACCCGGACCUGUGUAGUAUGCGAAGAUGGAUUUUGUAGUGAAAAUAAGAAAAACCCGGUAGAUGUCGAAGACGUCGUUUGGAAAGACUGCGGCGCUCAUUUAAUGCAUCUAGAGUGUUUUCGCCGACAAGUCUUGGAAGGCAAAAUGCCUCUCAAGGGCCUUUGCACAUGUAUCGAUAACGUUUGCUAG